AUGGCGAUGAAGAUUCCAAAGUCCGGUUACAACCGGUUCAUGAAGGAAGGAGCGCAGGUAUAUAAUUUCAAUAGUCUUCAUAAAUUUGUUUAAUUUAGCACUUCAAAGGAACCGACGAGGCUGUUCAGAGAAACAUUGAAGCUUGCGUUGAGCUUGCUUCGCAAAUUCGUUCCGCGUACGGCCCGAAUGGUACGUUCUCCGUAUGUAACCAGUUUAUAAAAAUUCGAUUCAGGAAUGAACAAGAUGGUAAUCAACCACAUCGAGAAGCUGUUUGUCACAAAUGAUGCUGCCACCAUUCUCAAGGAGCUCGAAAUUCAGCACCCAGCUGCCCGAAUCAUCAUUAUGGCAACAGAAAUGCAAGAGAAGCAGGUAAACAAACAUCGAAACGUGCGUGAAAAACCGCAAAUUUCUCAGGUCGGUGACAACACCAAUACUGUUGUGAUUCUCGCUGCCGCUCUUCUGGAACAUGCUUCCAACCUCAUCAACAUGGUUUUGUCGCUUUUUAAAGUCUUCCUUUAUUAUAAAGCUUCAGGGAAUGACGCCGCAGGAGGUUGCCGCUGGAUAUGAGCAAGCUGCCGAGAAAGCGCUCGAAGUUCUGCCUACGCUGGUCGUCAAGGAGGCCUCCGACUUGAAGAACAUCGACGAAGUUCGCCAGUACUUGAGAUCCGCUAUCACCUCGAAACAGUACGAUAACGAGGAUGUCAUUGCUGAGCUCGUUGCCAAGGCUUGCGUUACGACGUGCCCAGCCAACAGCUUCAACUUCAACGUGGAUAACAUCAGAAUUUGCAAGAUCAUCGGAUCGGGAGUGCACACGUCGAAGGUGAUGAAUGGAAUGGUGUUUAAGAGAGGAGCCGAAGGAGAGAUCAAGUCUGCUACCGAUGCGAGAAUCGCUGUGUACACGUGCCCGUUCGACUUGACCCAAACUGAGACGAAGGGAACUGUUCUCAUCGAGAAUGCAGACGAACUUGUUAACUUCUCAAAGGGAGAGGAAUCCGAGGUUGAAGAGCAAGUGAAGGCCAUCGCUGAUAAUGGUGUCAAGGUGAACUCCUUUAGUACCGUUCAGCUAAUCAACGAUACAUUUUCAGGUUGUCGUUGCUGCUGGAAAGUUCGGAGAUCUGUAUCUCCACUUCUUGAACAAGUACAAAAUUAUGGCCGUCCGAUUGACUUCCAAGUUUGACCUCCGACGUCUGUGCAGAACUGUGGGAGCCCAGCCACAAGCUAGAAUUUGUGCUCCAGCUAUUAACCUUCUCGGACACUGUGAUUCUGUUGCUGUCACUGAGAUCGGAGAUGAGAAUGUCGUCGUUUUUGAUAAGAACAGCGAGACUGGAAAGGUGGCUACGAUCAUCAUCCGCGGAUCUUCGCAAUCUAGAAUUGACGAUGUUGAGAGAGCUGUGGAUGAUGCUGUCAAUACAUACAAAGCUCUUACCAAGGACGGAAAGCUCCUCGCGGGAGCAGGGGCUGUCGAAAUCGAAUUGGCUAAGGAUAUCGAGUCGUACGGAGCUAAGGCACCCGGUCUCGAGCAGUACGCCAUCAAGAAAUUCGCUCACGCUCUCGAGACUCUUCCAAAGGCAAUCGCCGAGAAUGCUGGCAUGCCAACGACAGAGACUCUGACCAAAUUGCACGCCGAACACGUCGCCGGAAAGAAGAACGUCGGAAUUGAUAUUUGGAAGCGAGGUUAGUUACAAAGGGCUAGAAUGAAUAAGCAAUUUACUUUCCUGCAGAAACGAUGGACGCCGUCGCGAACAACAUCUUCGAUUUGUACGCUGGAAAGAGAUUAGCUAUCAAACUGGCUACUGACGCCGCAUCGACGAUCCUGAAGGUUGAUCAGAUUAUUAUGGCCAAGCAAGCCACCGGAGGACCCAAGCCGCGUGGUCCAAAACCGCAAGACGAGGAUGAUGAGGGGAUGGCUUAA